AUGAUGAAAAUUGCUGAAGUACGAAAAGAUGUGAGUGGACAAUUUCAAAUCGCUAUGCUGUUGGGUGAUGUUGAAGAACGAGUGAAACUUCUUCGCCAAUGCAAUCAAAAAUCAUUAGCAUAUGUCAUGGCAGCUACACACGGUCUUGAUGAACAAGCUGAACAAUUAAGAGAAUCUCUUGACGAUAAAGUUCCUGAAAUAGAUCCAAAUGCGGAAUUGAUUUCACCUCCAUGUCCAAUCAGUCAACAGGAAUCGAAUUGGCCAUUAUUAGCUGUUUCGAAAGGAAUUUUUGAAGGUGCAGGUUUAGUAAGCAAUCAGCCGGCAGCAACAGGAGCUGGUCUGACCGCUAAUGUUCCAACAAAACUCGCUGCAGAUGUUCGCUAUGAAGAUGCGGCUACAAGUGGUGGUGACUGGGCUGAUGAUGAAGUGCAAAUGGAACUUGACGAGGACGAUGUUGGACGUUCAGGUAUCAAUGCAAGUCAAGAUGAACAAGGUGAAGGUUGGGGUGAUACUGAUCUGGAAUUACCACCUGAUCUUGAAGGAGUUGGCGCAACCGGCGGUGCUGGUGAUGAAGAUGAUGCUGGUGGAUACUUUGUUGCACCCACAAAAGGUCAAUCUGUUCCACAAUAUUGGAUACAAAAUUCCAAACUAGCUGUCGAUCAUGUUUUAAGUGGCUCAUUCGAAUCAGCUAUGCGCCUACUACAUGAUCAAGUUGGCAUCGUCAGUUUUGAAGAAUACAAACAAAUAUUCCUGCAAAUCUAUUCACGCUCACGAACAGCUUUUACAGCUUUACCAUCAUUACCAGCUUUAUAUGCAUAUCCAUUACGAAACUGGCGUGAUGCACAUUCACCGAAACUAUUCUUUCCAGCUGUUGGUUUGAAACUAGAAACUCUAGUUGCUCGUCUUCAAGUCGCCUAUCGUCUAACAACAAAUGGCAAAUUUCAAGAAGCAGUUGAAAAUUUCCGUUCCAUUCUGUUGUCGGUGCCAUUACUUGUUGUCGAAUCACGUCAAGAUAUUCUCGAAAGUCAACAACUCAUCGAAAUCUGUAAAGAAUACAUCGUUGGACUACAAAUGUCAAUGGCGAAGAAAGACAUCGCCAAAGAUGAAAAACGAUCAUGUGAAUUAGCUGCAUAUUUUACUCAUAUUCAAUUGCAACCCGUACACAAAAUAAUGACACUGAAAUCUGCAUCGGUUCAAGCAUUUAAGAUGAAAAACUACAAAGUAGCAGCAAGUUUUGCUAAGCGUUUGCUAGAAUUGGGACCAACGCCUGAUGUUGCUCAACAGACUCGAAAGAUAUUGAGUGUAUGUGAAAAGAACCCAGUGGACGAACAACCACUCAACUAUGAUGAAUACAAUCCAUUUGAUAUUUGUGCAGCAUCCUAUGUUCCAAUCUAUCGUGGAAAUCCAUUGGUGAAGUGUCCGUUGUCCGGUGCAGCUUAUCUACCCGAAUUCAAAGGACAAUUGUGUCGUGUAACAAAAGCAACUGAAAUCGGAAAAGAAUCUCUUGGUCUUCGAAUAUCCAUGAGUCAAUUUCGUUGA